AUGGACGCGCGACAGGAGUACAACGAGAAUGCCUCAUUUGAGGAAGCUGUAUCUGCCAUCGUAUUCAAACGACGUAGCGAACCUGAGCAUGAGAUGGACACAGGCGAUGAAGGUAACGAGUAUAUGAGUGAUGUGCUUGAAGAUCUUUCUGACGGAAAGUCAGACUCUCAACCUGAAGAGGACUCGGAGGAAUCAGAUGACCAAGACGACGAGAUGUCCAUUGAUGACGAAGUUGAAGAGAUUUCUGAGGGUCCAUCGGAUAGCGAACAAGGCGAAGAGAUAGAACAGCAGGGCCUUCACCCCGCCGUCCCUCAAGGCCCAACGACACAAGAGCCUGUCCAAACAGAAGAUAAGUGCCUCAAGUUCAUACCUCCCAACAACACCUCCGACGAUGGUACACCCUGCUACGGAGAGGAAGCAGGGUGCCCUGUUUGCAACGAGAUCACUUGCACCAGGUGCAAGAACAAGGGACAUACCGGUGAUUGUGAGCAGCAGGUUGGGCCUGCCCAGGCCUUGGUUCUCGCAGAGACCAAAGGCUGGAAGCGAUGUUUACGAUGCGGUCACCUCAUCGAGCUGGCUGAUGGUUGCUCCCAUAUGAUAUGUGUUUGCGGUUAUGAGUUCUGCUACGAGUGCGGUGAGGGGAUAGGUGACUGUCAGCCGAUCAGCGGUGUCCAAGGGAAUGCCCCGAAAACCCAAAGUGAGACCGCCUGGGUUCGUUCUGAUGAUGAAACGUACAUGAUCAAUGUCAAGUCAGUUUUCGACCCUGACAGUGACACUGCUCCCGUCGUGUCCUCCUGA